UGUUGCCUGAUACCUGUUCGCACUACGGGCGCAAGGCCCUGUUUGGAACUCCGAAUAAAUUAGCUUUUUUUUCCAGCUUUUGCCGAAUCCGAUUCUGUGGACGAUUAAACUGAAAACAAUUGAAUGCGUUAAUGUUUCGCGGUGCUUUUUGUUUCUUGUUAGAAAGUUAACUCUCUUUUGUUAUGCUUAUAAUUUAGCUUCGUUGUUGUUGUUAUUAUGUUCGCCGAAGUUGGUUGAAAGUUCAAAACGGCGUAACUAAAGGACACGCGUAACGAACUUGCGCGUUGUUCGAGGAAAAUGGUGGCGAGAGAUUGCAAAGGUUUUCGUUUCCUCGUUAGGAGUUGGGAAAUAGCAAUGGGGGAUGGUAACUAUGAUAGAACUUUGAGGGAGUUCUGUAUUCCGGAUUACAUAUUAGUGCCGGGAUCUGAGGUGAGAAGUGUUUCACAUGUACCUGCUUGCCCUGUGAUUGUUUUCAUAAACACCAAAAGUGGUGGCCAGCUUGGAGGGGAGCUUCUUGUUUCCUAUAGUACACUUCUUAACAGAAACCAGGUUUUUGAGUUGGGGAAAAAUGCUCCGGAUAAGGUUCUGCAGAAGCUUUAUGCUACAUUGGAAACACUCAAGCACAAUGGAGAUAAUUUUGCAGCUGAAAUUCAGAAUAGGUUGAGAAUAAUUGUUGCAGGUGGAGAUGGUACUGCCAGCUGGCUUCUAGGAGUUGUAUCUGACCUUAAAUUACCUCAACCGCCACCAAUUGCUACUGUGCCAUUGGGGACGGGAAAUAAUCUUCCCUUUGCGUUUGGAUGGGGAAAGAAAAAUCCAACCACGGAUCUCCAAUCAGUGGAGACAUUCCUAAAUCAUGUAAAAGCGGCAAAGGAAAUGAAAAUAGACAGUUGGCAUAUUAUAAUGAGAAUGAAGGCUCCAAAAGAAGGUUCAUGUGACCCUAUUGCACCCCUUGAGCUGCCUCAUGCUAUGCAUACAUUUAAUCGUGUCUCUUCAACAGAUAAACUAAACUUGAAAGGUUACCACACUUACCGUGGGGGAUUUUGGAACUACUUUAGCAUGGGAAUGGAUGCUCAAGUAUCUUAUGCAUUUCAUUCUGAGAGGAAAUUACAUCCAGAAAAGUUUAAAAAUCAGUUAUACAAUCAGAGUGCCUAUCUGAAGCUUGGAUGUACACAAGGAUGGUUUUUUGGUUCUCUGUUUCAAUCUUCUUUGCGGAAUAUUGCUCAGUUGGCAAAGGUUAAGAUAAUGAAAAAAGGUCAAUGGGAAGAUCUCCACAUACCUCGCAGUAUAAAGUCAAUAGUUUGCCUCAACUUGCCUAGCUUUUCUGGUGGACUCAAUCCCUGGGGAACACCAAAUAGGAAGAAAUCAAUUUAUAGGGACCUGACUCUUCCCUAUGUGGACGAUGGCCUAUUUGAGGUAGUUGGUUUUAGAGAUGCUUGGCAUGGUCUUGUUUUGCUUGCACCAAAGGGACACGGAACUCGUUUGGCACAGACAAGCAGAAUCCGUUUUGAGUUUCACAAGGGUGCAGCUGACUGCACAUUCAUGAGAAUUGAUGGAGAGCCAUGGAAACAACCCCUCCCAAAAGAUGAUGACGCAGUUGUAGUUGAGAUAUCACACCAUGAUCAAGUUAGCAUGCUUGCAACCCCAUUGUGCCGUUCUAAAAGUAUUUAUGAUCCCUCCUCACCUUCCGAUGACCGCGAAGAAGAUGAUAGCAGUGAAGAAGAACCAUCAGAAGAUUGGGAAGAACGGCGCAAAUUUGGCGCAGCUGAGACAUUCAAAUAUCCUGAUGGAAUUGAUAUAGCUCAAGUAAGUUAGUGUACAGAGAGGAGUAGCAUUGCUCAGUGUUUGGUGGUACAAAGGCAAGUAGUAGGGUAUAAAAUGAAAGGGUAGGAGUAAAAUUCUUUUCUUGUUUGGUGCAAAUAAUUUUCCUUACUCGUACGUGUAAUGUACAGAGGACUUCCGAGGAAAUUAACCAAGAUUAAUGACUAGUGAUUAAUGUAAUGAACCUUGGAUAGGGUUAUUGUUUGUUGUCUUACUUCUAGUUGCAAAAUUUAUUCUUUCAUUUCAAUGUCAAGCGUCUAUGAUGGAGAGUUGGAGCUGGAGA